UUAGAAUGCAAUAGCAACGGGAAUUAUUGAUUUAACGAUGGUUAUUGCGAAAACUUCCUAUGUAGGGGAACAUUAACCAAAAAAACAUUAGCCAGUAUGGACGGUUCUAGUCAAACCAGCAAAGAUCCGUUGAUUCGAAAGAACUUUUCCCAAAACAUUCUGGACAUUUUACGGCCACUAUCGUCCACAAAAAUGCCAUCAUUCCAACCGGUUGAUAGCCUUUCCGAACACAGCGAGCUUUCCGAGCCGUUCUCGGAUUUGGAUGAAUCCUACAUUCUGCUGGAUCAGCGGAAACGAAAAACUGACCACGGAGAGGGCGACGAGAUGCUACUGAAUCAGUUUACGCCGGAGUUCCGAAUAGUUUACGAUGAAAUGAUGGCCGAAAAGAAGGACCAUGAGUUUGAUAUCGAAGAGAAUGAUUUUUUAAUCGGCGAAGGAGGAAAAGUACCAGGACCGGAAGAAGAAUUCUUGCUGACCGAUCCUGGAGAAUUUAGUCCUAAAUUUAAAGAAUUUAUAGAUGACAUGCUGAAAAAGUGCGAAUUGAAGUAUCAUUUAGAGGAAAAAAAGAAACGAGAAGCCCUUCGGAAAAAGGAUCGCCGAGUUCGGCGUGCUCCUACAGAUGAAUCCUUCGUCCCUCCGGACAACGAUUCACUGUCCGGUGUAUGGCGAAUGCUUGAUGCCGUCUCGGUGGAAAACGGAUUCCCUAUGUCUCACAAUUACUAUAACCUCUACGACGAUCGGCGUUUCGAGUGGCUUUCCCGAGACGAAGUGCCCUGGAAUCAAAUCGAAUCCUCUAAGAAAAAGUGCGAACAGUGGCUUAAAAAGAGCCCCACACCCACCACGAGACCGGACAGCAGGCAGUGAAUCGAAAGUGGGAUACAACAUUGAAUAGAGGAUUUUAAAUGAAAUUGUUUGCGAACUUUGUUGAAAACUUUAAUAGAACAUUGCGUGCAAUAGCGUGUUAAAGAAUUAAA